AUGCCCAAUGAUAGCUCCCUCAACGAGUUCCUCCUCCCAGCUUUUGCGGACACACAAGAGGUGCAGCUCUUGCACUUCCUGUUGUUCCUGGGCAUCUACCUGGCUGCAUUCCUAGGCAACAGCCUCAUCAUCAUGGCUGUAGCCUGCGACCACCGCCUCCACACCCCCAUGUACUUCUUCCUCCUCAACCUCUCCAUCCUGGACCUUGGCUCCAUCUCUACCACUGUCCCCAAAACCAGGGCAAAUUCUCUGUGGGACAUCAGGGCCAUUUCCUACUCAGGAUGUACUGCCCAGGUCUUUCUGCUUCUCUUCUUCCUCACAGCAGAGUAUUUCCUUCUUACCGUCAUGGCGUAUGACCGCUACAUUGCCAUCUGCAGACCCCUGCACUAUGGCAUGCUCAUGGAUAGCAGAGCUUGUGUCCAAAUGGCAGCAGCUGCCUGGGCCAGUGGUUUUCUGUAUGCUGCUCUGCACACUGCUAAUACAUUUUCAAUACCACUCUGCCAGGGCAAUGCCCUGGGCCAGUUCAUCUGUGAAGUUCCCCAGAUCCUCAGGCUCUCCUGCUCAGAGUCCUGCCCUGGGGAAGCUGUGGCUCUUGUGGUUAGUGCCUGUUUAGCUGCAGGGUGUUUCAUUUUCAUUGUGGUGUCCUACGUGCAGAUCUUUGCUGUUGUGCUGAGGAUCCCCUCUGAGCGGGGCCAGCACAAAGCCUUUUCCAUGUGCCUCCCACACCUGGCUGUGGUCUCCCUGUUUGUCAGCACUGGCACGUUUGCCUACCUGAAGCCCCCCUCCAUCUCCUGCCCAGCUCUGGAUCAGGUGGUGUCUGUUCUGUACUUGGUGGUGCCUCCAACUCUGAACCCCCUCAUCUACAGCAUGAGGAACAAGGAGCUCAAGGAUGCAGUGAGGAAACUUGUUCAAUUGGUACAAUGUCAGCACUAA